CCAAAAAAAAGUAAACCGCAGCCGAACAACAAAAAACAUUUGUUUCAUUUAUAAAAAUGGUUGUCGCUCGGUAUCAACGUCAAGCAUCAUCAAUUUAGGCCAGUUUAGAUAGCAUAAAAUCGAACGCAUCGUGUACGCUGCAGCCGUACCGCCGGAUUUUGCAUUUCACCCACACACAAUAUUGCAACAUUUUCACAGUUCAGGCCUUCAAAGCAUUUUAGAUAAACAACGCGCGCCAGGAAAUGGCCGAACAGGAUAACAGCAAAAAGGACAGCGAGAGCAGCAGCACACAAUGCGCCGUCUUUGACCAAACCCCGGGCUCACAACAAAAGAAAAUCAAUGUCAUCGUGCGUGCCCAGCACACAGUGGAGCGUGUCAUAACGCAAAUCGGCACACAGUUUGCCUACAACAAAUUCGAGCUCUUGCUGCAGCCACAUGGCAACAAAGAUCUGGUGCAUUUAAAUGCGCUCGCCUCACAGCUGCUUUACGAUGUGCCAGGCUUUGAGCGUCAGCUGAAAAACAAUCUCGUUCUGUUGCCCGAGGGCAGCUGGGAUGGCAAUGUGUCUAAGCGCUAUGAGCUCACCGUCAAGAAGAUUGCCAGCAAGCCACAAGCGUCGGAGUCCGCAGACAGCACAGCAAGCCCCACUAAGAGCACAGGCGAGAAGAAAAAGAAGUCGCCUAGUAAAACUGGCGAGAAGAAGAAGAAGUCACCCAGCAAAACAAAGUCAGCCGGCACAGGCACAGGCGAAUCGACAGCCGAGUCCGGCGACAGCAGUCCCGUUAAGGUCAAAACUGUAAAAAUUAAAAGCAAAGUCUGCGAAAACAAUGUGGAUCAUGUGGUUGAGGCCAACACACAGACCAGCAGCUGUGCCACCAAGCUGCCCAUUGAUGAGCUGACCAAAGUGGAAAUCACCGAGCAUCUGCAGCAAUUGCCGCAACAAAAUCGCAUACUCAUUUCGCCUGUGCACGAUGCGCCUGCGGAACUGUUCAACAUCAGUCCCGUUUCGGAUGGCGAACAGCUGUCGGACGAUGACUUGGCCUUGGGCGCCUCUGCAAGUCCCACACAGCUGAGCCCCAACUACGAGUUCGGCAACGCCGGACCCACUGAAAGCGAUCUGUUGGCCAACAGCGCAGCAAACGAGAUUCUGCUUGCUGGCGAUUUGUCCGACAACGAUGAGCAGCCAACUCAGCAAGAGAAUUUCUAUACUCGCAAGUACGGUGGCGACGAUGUGCCCUCUUGGCAGCCCGCCUACAACAGCAUUGCGGAGUCUGUGGCCGCCGGCAACAGGAAGGCAGAAAUGCAACUGAAUGGCGGCUCGCGUGGCUAUGUGGGCUUGGUUAACCAGGCCAUGACCUGCUAUCUGAACAGUCUGCUGCAGGCGCUCUAUAUGACGCCAGAGUUUCGCAAUGCGCUCUAUCGCUGGGAGUUUGACAAUGACAACGAAGCCAAGAAUAUACCUUAUCAGUUGCAAAAGUUGUUUCUCAAUCUGCAGACAUCACCCAAGCCCUCAGUGGAGACUACAGAUCUGACGCGCAGCUUUGGCUGGGACUCGACGGAGGCCUGGCAGCAGCACGAUAUACAGGAGCUGUGCCGCGUCAUGUUCGAUGCACUGGAGCACAAGUUCAAGAACACCAAACAGGCGAAUCUCAUCUCUACGCUCUACGAGGGCAAGAUGAACGACUAUGUGAAGUGCCUGGAGUGCAACACGGAGAAAACGCGCGAGGAUACCUUUCUCGACAUACCGCUGCCAGUGCGUCCCUUCGGCAGUAGCUCCGCCUAUGGCAGCAUUGAGGAAGCGCUGCGUGCCUUUGUCCAGCCCGAAACACUCGAUGGCAACAAUCAGUAUCUGUGCGAGAAGUGCAAGAAGAAGUGCGAUGCUCACAAGGGACUCCACUUUAAGUCAUUUCCCUAUAUACUGACGCUGCAUCUGAAGCGUUUUGACUUUGACUACCAAACCAUGCAUCGCAUCAAACUGAAUGACAGAGUGACCUUUCCGCAGACACUGAAUCUAAACAGCUUUGUGAAUCGCGGUCCUGCGGGCGAGCAGUAUCACAUGAAUGGCACCAGCAACGUGGACGACUGCAGCACGGCGGACAGCGGCUCGGCCAUGGAGGAGGAUAACUUAAGCAGUGGCGUAGUCACCACGGCCAGCUCCAGUCAGCAUGAGAACGAUUUGAAUGAUGAGGAUGAAGGCAUCGACAUGAGCAGCAGCACCGGCAAGAGCGCUCAGCUCAAGCAGGAGGCUCAAGCGGGUCCCUAUCUGUAUGAGCUCUUUGCCAUUAUGAUACACUCGGGCAGCGCCUCGGGUGGCCACUACUAUGCCUACAUCAAGGACUUUGAGAACCACAAAUGGUUCUGCUUCAACGAUCAAAAUGUGUCGCCUAUUACGCAAGAGGAUAUUCAACGCUCGUUUGGCGGUCCUAAUGGCAGCUACUACUCGAGUGCCUACACAUCCAGCACCAAUGCCUAUAUGUUAAUGUACCGUCAGGUGGACCACAAGCGCAAUGAGCAUGCGGUUAAGUGUGCCGAUUUCCCAGAGCAUAUCAAGUCGCUGCUGCCGAAACUGCACGCCGAGGAGGAGACGCGCGUCACACGUCUGGGCAGACAUGUUACCGUCACAGAUCUGGCGCUACCUGAUCUCUACAAGCCGCGCGUCUAUUUCUACAACCCAGCGCUGAAGAAGCUCAAGAUGACGCGCGUCUAUGUAUCGCAGAGCUUUGAUAUCAAUCUGGUGCUGCAAUCUGCCUACGAUAUGCUCAAUGUGGAGCAGUUUGCGCCAUUGUCGCGCUGUCGUCUGGUGGCCUAUGACUCGGCAAGGGACACCAUUAUACAAUCGCUGGAGGAUACCGAUCCGGCACUGACAGAGCUGCGCGCUUCAAAGAAUCCGCUGGACUUUUUGCUGGAGCAUCGCGCCGAGGAUCAACAGUUUGAAAGCUACGCCAGCGAUGGCGCCACCUGGUAUGUGUAUACGGUAGAUCUCGCCAACAAUGCGCUGGACGGUCCCUUCCUGAUUUACUCAGCAGCGCGGGACGACAGCGAUCUGCAGACUCUGCGUCGCUCCAUCUCGAUGCGUUUACACAUUGACGAGCAGAAGUGCCUGCUGGCCACCGUGUGCGGCAGAAUGCCCAAGGCGUUUGUGGCCUACGAUCCCCAGCCGACGUUGGAGGCGCAACAGCAGCUGCAGCAUCUGGCCAACACGCAAUACAAAUAUUUAACAUACUUCUACUUAAAUGUGCCUAACACCGAUGCCUGCAGCCUGGAAAUGUUGGGUGUGCCCAGCUGCGAUAUGCACGCCGAGGCUGCCAAUGGCAGCGCCGGUGGAGAUGUGGUGGAUGCUGCCAUGAUGAAUGGAGUCCAUGCAGUCAAUGGCAUCAGCAAUGGCAUGGCGACGCCAGAGCAUGCCAGUGGCAGUGCCGCAGCCGGAGCCGGAGCCGGCAAUAACGACUGUGAUUGGCGUCCCCUGGCGCCGCUAGCAACGCCCGGCCACGAGUCCAACUCGGAGGACAGCAGCCUUAGCGAUGGCGACCGCACGCUUGUGGAGAACAGCAUGCAGCAUCGCGGCGGCGGCGAUAGCCAAGUCAGCUCCACCAGCCACUCACCGCAGCUGUCCAGUCCCGAGGACGAGGCGGCCACUCAUGUCACCAUGAUGCGCGUUCGUGAAUUCUGCAAUGGCAAUGGCAGCUAUGCCACCGAUACCGGUGACACCUGCUCCAGCUACAGUCCAACCGUGCACUAUUUCCACGCCCAAAAAAUAGAACGUGUGGACGUGUCCACCACCACUACCAGCACGAGUACAGCCGCCAGUAGUCACCUGUCCGACGACGAAGCGCAACUGCGCAAGCCCACGCAAGCCUACAAGCUGCUGGUGGGCAAGCAGAUGCCCAUGACUGCCUUCAAGCGACACAUCGAGCAGCUGAUACGCGUGCCUGGCUCCUACUUUAAGCUACAGAGCAAGCAUGACGACACCCUGGCCAACACCACGCGCACGUUAAAUGUGGUGCUGAACGAGGGCGAAACACUUACCGUAGAGCUCGGCAAGACGUUGCAGCCGGACGAGCACAAGGCCAAAAUCUUCUUUUUGCGUCUGGCUGAACUGGACAACGAGACGGCCAAGCUGCCCUGCGCCUGCGAAUGGGUGUACACUACCACAACUACCACGGCGCAGGCCAAGCAGGAUCUGGUAGCCAAACUGCAUCGCAUCGAUGCCAAAUAUACAUCACUGACAGUCGAAAACUGUCGCAUCUGGCUAAAGGGCGGACGUGCCCCCAUCCGACUAUUGGCUAACGAUGAUACGCUCUACAGCGACUUGCGCUCCACCAAUGCGGCUGAGUUCAUAGUGCAAGAAUGCGAGCCCGAGGUAGUGGCACAGCCUGAUGAAGACUCCUUGACCAUAUUCGUGCGUCAGUGGUAUCCAGAUAAGUGGGAAUUUGGCAAAUUCCAGGAAAUUACAAUGGACAAGGACAGCGAAAUCAAAAGUUGUUUAUCACAAAUAUGCGACAUCCCCGUUGACCACUUAAGUUAUUUGAAGUUAAACAGCAAUUUUCCCUGCACAAGCAUAUCGGCAAUUAGUGUUAAUGAGAAUAUGACCUGGCUCUCAGUGACGGCGACAAUGGAGACAUAUCCACUGAACACGUCGCAAUGCGCCAAUAUUUAUUUGUACAAAGAUAAGCGCGUGCCGGUGCGGGAGCUGUCUGUGGAUGAGCGCCGACAGUUAACUAACAAAGAGAAGGCGCGUCUGGAUCGCUUGGGUUGCAUUUCAACGACACGCUAUUCGCAGCGUCGGGAGCGUGCGCUCAAGAUCUAUUUGGACUCGCCGGAGAAGCCUAGCAAUGUAACGGCGACAGCGCCUGUGGACGCGUACAUAGAUAACUAAGCGUGUGGCAUCGUCAACAUCACCGUCAUUAUUAGUGUCGUCGUCGUCGUCGUUCAACCUCAAUUUAAAUUGCUUCUGCCUGCUUAAGAUUUGCUUGUAUAACCGGAUGCAUAAAUACAUACAGCAAAAUUGAAUUCAACUAUAACUAGCCAGGCAAAAGAUUUAUCUCUAUGAUGGUGUCAAUUAUUUUUUUUGUCAAUUUCUGUAUUUUCAUUCACUUUUAAUUUGUUUUGUUUUCAACGUGUUUGUGUUGCAACCGAGUGCUGUCCAGCGGCGUCAUAGGGGGAAUGGGGAAAUAGAUGCAAAAAUUAAAUAAAAAUGUAUAAAUUCUUGCAACUUUUGUAAUGCAUACAAAAGAGUUCAAAAAUGAGACUGUGUACAAUUUUAGGAACAUGCAAGUAAUUCAAAAUAAACCUAAAAAAAAUUGUGAACAUAAUUGCAAAAAAAAGAAACAAAAUAAAACCCAUUUGUAU